UGGACGCGAGGGUCACGUCAAGGCGGCAUAGACAAAGGGCGGGCGCGCGCACGUCCUUACGCACGCCUCGGCCGGCGGCGGCGAGGGCGGGGCGGACGGUCCCCGGAGGGGUUUGCCUCCUGGAGCCUCGAGGAAGCUUCGGCAGCAUGUGAGCAACUUCUUGCCAAGGACCCGGGUCACCGCUGAGAAGGGCGCCUUAGGGAGAAAAGUAUCCAGAGGAAACGAGCGCCAGACGCGUCUGGAAUCCCACGCACCGCAGGCAGCGUGAGGCGUGCCGUGCUAGCACCUGCGGCCUCCUGGCGCGGCCUCUAGCUCUCCAGGGAGGAGGGUCCUGGGAGCAGUGCGCCCGGAGCCUCUCCAGGGGAAGCACGGGGCCAGGUGUGAACCCUCUAUGAUGGACGCAGUUUCAGCUUAUGAAGGAGUUGUAAGGAGACCAGUUAUUUCACGUCCACACACUCACGCUCGCUAGCCUUCUGUGGGAAGCGCCAGCAGUCGCCCUCCUCCGCGGGAGUUAUCAGGAUUUUCCUGGCGCCGAGUUGAGCUCUUCUUGGUACUUCUGGCAGUGACACAUCCUCAGGAGAGAUUUAUCUGCUAAAUGCUCUUGGACAGGAGAAAAAGUAAAACUCCUGGAAGCAGCGUGAGAGUAGCAGAGCCCAGAUCGCGCGCUCGCCGCUCACUCGCCCAGACACUCUGUCUGGCCUCGGAUGCUGGCACUGAAGACUGACCCUGCCCCGUCCACCCCUGCAGCCCGUCUCUUCUGGGGGGGGGCUGGCCGCCUCGGGGGCCCCCUUUUGCUCUCAUCCUACUCCCAGGCUCUCUGUUCCGGCCGUCGAGUGAGGUGAACUUGGGAAUGGAGUUGGUGCCCCUCCCUAGGCCGGUGCUGUCGGAGAGGACCAUCUGAGGCCGAGCUUUGUUCGUGGGGAGGAGGGCGCUGGCCUGGCCUGCAUCCUCCACCAUGUUCCUGUUGCUGCCUUUUGACAGCCUGAUUGUCAGCCUCCUGGGCAUCUCCCUGACCGUCCUCUUCACCCUCCUCCUGGUUUUCAUCAUAGCCCCCGCCGUUUUCGGAGUCUCCUUUGGUAUCCGAAAGCUCUACAUGAAAACUUUGUUAAAGAUCUUUGCGUGGGCGACCUUGAGGAUGGAGCGAGGCGCCAAGGAGAAGAACCACCAGCUCUACAAGCCCUACACCAACGGAAUCAUUGCAAAAGAUCCCACGUCACUAGAAGAAGAGAUCAAGGAAAUUCGCCGGAGUGGCAGCAGUAAGGCUCUGGACAACACUCGCGAGUUUGAGCUCUCUGACAUUUUCUACUUCUGCCGGAAAGGGGUGGAGACCAUCAUGGACGACGAGGUGACAAAGAGGUUCUCGGCAGAGGAGUUGGAGUCCUGGAACUUGCUGAGCAGGACCAAUUAUAACUUCCAGUACAUCAGCCUUCGGCUCACCGUGCUCUGGGGCUUAGGAGUGCUGAUUCGGUACUGCUUCCUCCUGCCCCUCAGGAUAGCUCUUGCUUUCACGGGGAUUAGCCUCCUGGUGGUGGGCACAACAGUGGUGGGAUACCUGCCAAACGGGAGGUUUAAGGAGUUCCUGAGUAAGCACGUUCACCUAAUGUGCUAUCGCAUCUGCGUACGAGCCCUGACGGCCAUCAUUACCUACCACGACAGGAAGAACCGGCCUAGAAAUGGUGGCAUCUGCGUGGCCAAUCAUACGUCUCCCAUUGACGUCAUCAUUUUGGCCAGUGAUGGCUAUUACGCCAUGGUUGGGCAGGUGCACGGCGGCCUCAUGGGCGUCAUCCAGAGAGCCAUGGUGAAGGCCUGCCCCCAUGUCUGGUUCGAGCGCUCAGAAGUGAAGGAUCGCCACCUGGUGGCUAAAAGGCUGACCGAGCACGUGCAGGAUAAAAGCAAGCUGCCCAUCCUCAUCUUCCCGGAGGGAACCUGCAUCAACAAUACAUCUGUGAUGAUGUUCAAAAAGGGAAGUUUCGAAAUUGGAGCCACAGUUUACCCCGUUGCGAUCAAGUACGACCCCCAGUUCGGUGAUGCUUUCUGGAACAGCAGCAAGUACGGGAUGGUGACGUACCUGCUGAGGAUGAUGACCAGCUGGGCCAUCGUCUGCAGCGUGUGGUACCUGCCUCCCAUGACGAGAGAGGCCGAGGAAGAUGCCGUCCAGUUCGCAAACAGGGUGAAGUCCGCCAUUGCCAGGCAGGGAGGCCUUGUGGACCUGCUGUGGGACGGUGGUCUGAAGCGGGAGAAGGUGAAGGACACAUUCAAGGAGGAACAGCAGAAGCUGUACAGCAAGAUGAUCGCUGGCAACCACGAGGACCGGAGCCGGUCCUGAGCCCGCGCUGCCGCCCGGCCACCUCCGCCCGGGACGCAGGCGCCAUGGGCCGCUGCACGCAAAGGACUCUUCGGGCUUCUUCGAGCCGCCCGGGCCGCUCCCAGGAUGAGCUGCCUUCUUGUUCCUUCUCUGCCGAGUCGGCGGGAGGAGUGCCAUUAAAGACCCCUCCCCACCGUGCCCGUGUGGCCUGAAUGCUGGGCGAGAGCCAUCCCCACUCGGGACCCGGGGUGCGGUCUGUCCCCAAGACCCGCCUGCAGGCGGGGACCUCACCAGGCCAGGCCUGCCCCGAGGAAUGCGCAGCCUCGGAGCCCCGCAGACUCGAGAAGAGAACAUGUGGUCUGCAGGGGCCCUCGGCAGACUGACGGUCCCCGGCCUGGGCCGCUGGCCACGGGGCCGGGUGGGCAUGGGGACCGGUCCUCCCACUCCGGCCGCACUCUGCCAGCUCGGCCUCAGCUGCCCCGCUGUCCCCUGGGCUGGGGGUGUGGCGACACCUACCUCACCGGGUUGCUGUGGCAGCUCACGCGCUACCACGAGGGGAGGCCGGUCAGCUCAGCGUUGCGGCUCCAGGGCCGGGGUGGGGCGGGACGAGGGGAGCUGGAGCUGCCCACGGGGCUCCGGGUUUGUUUCUGUGAGUAAAUAAAGUUGUCUUCGAUGGUGA